AUGAGAUACGUGAUUCUUCGACAUCAAGUUCCAGCUGGACGGGUCGAGGCACACUUGGAGUUUCACGUGGGGUCCAUCGAUGAACAAGAGAAUCAGCGUGGGAUGGCCCACAUGCUCGAACAUGUGUGUUUCCUGGGCUCCGAGCGCCGCAUGCAGCUGCAGAGCGGUGGUCUGGGCAUGACCAGCAACGCGUGCACCGACUUCAAUCACACGGUCUACCACCUGAGCCUUGGCACUGAGUACCUCAGCCAGGGACUGGAGGCACUCGCAGAUAUCGGUCCGCCCCUCACUAGUUUGUGUAGACUUGUCCAGCUCGUGCACAUGUACAUACACGUCACAUGA